AGACUUGCCUUAGGAAUAUCCAUGUACCCGUAAAUCAAAAUGAAUAGCUCUUAUCGUCCUCUACCAUGCGUCAGGUCACGACAAGACUGAAAUGAUCAGAUAAGGACUAUUCUCUUUUCGACAUUAUGAGUGGCAUUGUCGAAUCGUGCCCAACAAACCUUACAGAAGUCCUCGCGGCAUCAGCGAGACUAAACUGUAGUAAAGACGGGCAUGGGAAUGACCAGUAUGCAUGUCUUCCUAACUCCAAGAAGACUGGACUUGUGGAAUUCUAUCAUGAAGGAGGCAUUCCGUUGGUAGUAGACGGUUAUUGUUUGGAGACAGAAGGGGGCCAGUUCUACUAUAGCAAAUGUCAACACUUCAUCAAUGGUUGUCCGAGUAAGCCGUACCUUGCCAAUGAUAUAUACAAAUAUCCCGCCUGUCUGAAUAUCAACACAGAGAACCAGUGUUUUCUUGCUGAUCCAUCAUGUCCAAAUCUGACCUCACCAUUCACUACCAAAGACUUGAUGGACACAGCAUCCACCUACUCGGGCUUCUCUAACACAACUGUGAAUACUCUCUACAACACGACCACAUCCAUAGAAGAUGCACCUGAUGUAGGGGCAGUUGUGGGAGGUGUGUUAGCUGGAAUAUGUGUUAUUGCUGGCCUGCUGAUUUUAGUGUGUCUUGUUCUCAGAAGGAAGAAACAACGAAAACACCACACUAACAAAAGAAACGACGAAGAAUCCCAACCACUCACUGAACCGAGAAAUAGAUAUGAAGAAAGUAGCAACCCUCCUGCUGGAAACGACGAUGAAAUCCAACCACUUACAUCAAUAGACAAACAGAGAGAUGGAUAUGAAGAAAAUAGUAACCCUACUGCUGAGUCAAAGAAACCUGAAGAUAAAGAAGACAGUGUCCCCGAUGAAGAGUCACAGAAACCUGACGAUAAAAAGUACAGUGUCCCUGAUGAAGUAAAGAAUCAAAUAGAAAACCAAGGAAUUGAUUUCCUAAGAAGCAUGUCCUCAGAACAUGAGAAGUAUCGCAAUGGAAUAGCACAGAUAUUGCAAGUCCCUGUAGAAGUUCUUGGAAUGUCAAACGAAGACAUUGAAACCUUCAUCAGAAACUACAAAAAAGGGAGUACAAAGGUAUACUGUGGUCGUGGAAUGGUAGUGGGUUACUUUGGGGCAGGAAAGACAACUCUGGUAAAGAAAUUGAAGGGAGAAGAUGCAUCUCAUCCACCAGAAUCCACGAGAGGAUUAGAAGUUCAUACAAACAUUUUUACUCUAGAUGAAGACGAAACUAGUUUGAUGGUGAACAAGGAUCAGACGAGUAAACAUAUUUUGCAAAUAACUCUGGGAACUUCUGGGAGUGAAUCUGAUGAAACUUCAUUGAACGCGACACAAUCAAAUCCAAAAGCUGAUGAUGAAAUACAAAGUACAACUAUCUCAUCAGCAAUAAAUGGUACAGAACCUUCAUCUCAAAAACACGAAAAGAAAUAUGAUGGGAGUGAAUCUGAUGAAACUUCUUUGAACGCGACACAAUCAAAUCCAAAAGCUGAUGAUGAAAUACAAAGUACAACUAUUUCAUCAGCAAUAAAUGGUACAGAACCUUCAUCUCAAAAACACGAAAAGAAAUAUGAUGGGAGUGAAUCUGAUGAAACUUCAUUGAACGCGACACAAUCAAAUCCAAAAGCUGAUGAUGAAAUACAAAGUACAACUAUUUCAUCAGCAAUAAAUGGUACAGAACCUUCAUCUAAAAAACACGAAAAGAAAUAUGAUUUCCCAUUUCAAAAAAUUAAGACUGGUUUCACCUUAGAAAAGUCAAAUGAUUUUCCUAGUAAAGCUGAGGAAAAAUCUCAUAAAACUGGAAAAUAUCUUGAUACGCAUCUCGUAAAAGAUCAGAUUAAACACAGUGUUCCAAAUAAGACUGAUGAAAAUCAACAAAUUCUGGGACAUGACAUAGGUAUUAUCCUACCUAAUGUUAGUGAUAAGCCAGUAAAGACGAUAAGCUUGUUGGAUUUUGCUGGUCAAGACGCUUACUACGCCUGUCACCACAUUUUCUUAAGUCCAAGGAGUUUUUACAUCCUAGUGACGGAUAUGUCUAAGGAAUUGACCGAAAAGCCAGCCAACGCUCUUCAGACAAAGGAUCUCGUAUACAGUGAUUGGACUCACCAGGAUUACAUCAACCACUGGCUAGGAUCAAUCCACACAUAUAGUUCGGAAACAGCACCCGUCAUUUUGGUUCUAUCGCAUUCAGAGACAAAAGUGAAGGCAGAGAAAAAAUACUUUCAGAAAGUACUAGAAGGUGUACCGAAAACACUACAAGGUCAUUUAAGCGUAAAGAAUGUGUUUGCAGUGGAAAAAGACUCCGAUAAAAAUAUUGAAAAGAUAAAAUUAAGUAUGAUGAAGGUUGUCACGGAGCAAAGUCAUUGGGGAGAGUCCAUUCCUACAUCAUGGGUUCAUCUAGAGGCCUAUUUAAUGGAAAUCAAAAAACGCCAAAUGGUUUUGCAAAAGAAAAACCUUUGGAAGGCAUUGUCAUCUAAAAAAACAAUGGGGAUUACAAGUGAAGAGGAUAUGACGACUGCACUGAAAUUGUUUAAUGACAUUGGCGUUAUUGUCUUCACCACGUCCACAGAGUCCAUUAUUCUUGAUGUCCAGUGGUUUGUAAAUGCCUUUAAGCACAUUAUAACAGAUGAAGGUCACGCAGAGUAUGAUAUUGCAAAGCAUUUCCACGAGUGGACAAUUUUCAAUACCAAUGGAAUUUUGCCAAAGAACCUAGUAAAAGAAAUAUGGAGAGGACAAGAGUCAUUCACUAAAUACACGGAAGAUUUAAUUUUUCACAUGACCAACCUUGGAAUGAUUGCUGAAAUGGAAAAGGGAGAAAAGUACUAUGUCCCUUGUAUGAACAAACAAAAGUAUUACAAGAGUGUCUUGCAAAACUGUACUUGUUCUUCCACUGUCUGCUUCAUGUUUGAAUAUCUACCAUUGGUGAUUUUCCAUCGUUUAAUUGCGACAUGUAUGACAAAAGAAGGAUGGAGGAUCUGGAAUGGGAAUGAUGAAAACCAUCAGAAGUUUGGUCAAACCAGUGAAUGCGUGUUUCACACUGCUGCCAUACUUAAAGAAAAAAACCAUCUCAAGAUCCUGAUAGGGAUAACAGAAAAGAAGAAAUCUUUGCAGGAUCCGAAAAAUACACAUCCCUAUUCUAUAGAAAUACAGGGCAUUGUUUUCAAAGAUGAAAAGAUGCCAAGACUGUUUAGUGAAUUUGAAAGAAUAAAACAACAUCUAAAAGAUUUAACUUCAUGUUUUGGAGCAAAUCGUGAUAGGGCCUAUAAGAUUGGAUUUAGAUGUUCAAGAGUCCCAUUUGCUGACACUUUUGAUUCCCAUAUCAUAUUACAGUCUGCAAACGAAUGUACAGAAUGUAGGAAGAGUGGAGUAAUUGACAACAUGAAAAUAGAUUGGACAGAUGACGGAACAUCUAGGAAUGACACAUUCGAUAUUAUUGAAAAGCACCAUGAGAGGAAUAUGGACCAAGUCGAUUUAUCUCCAGGAUCAAUAGAACACGACAAAAACGUUACAAUGGCCAGUUCCCAUUCUGCGUCUACACCGGAGACAACAAAUUUACUCAGAGCAUUUCUGCUUCUGCUAGGUCCCUGCACUAAACAAUUCCGAGACGUAUUACGCAGAUAUAUACCACAUUCAACAUUCUCACAAGUCAUUUCACAGGAGGAAAAUAAGAAUGCACUUCUCCGUCUGACUACAGUACAGCGAGAUCUUAUUGUACCUACACAUGGUAGUUACAGUGGUACCUACGAUGAUAUGGAUAUCCCCUUGAUCUAUAUGCUGCUUAGAAACGUAUGUAGCAUACCACCACACAGCAAGGGCUGGGGAAAAGACCCAGACUCCAUUGACAGAUCUCUCUCUGCCAACAUUGAGAGGAUCCGAAUAGCCAGAAACAAAUGCGCUCAUUAUCCAAGUGACUCUCUCUCUAAUUCGGAAUUUAACUCACUUUGGUCAGAAGUGAGAUCCGCCGUUGUAGACCUAGACUCCUCUCUCAAUAACGGGAAUCAGUAUGAAAGAGAAGUUGAUUUACAGAGACAGAAAUCAAUGAACCUGGAGCGUGAGCAUCGUUUGAGGGAGGAGAUACGAAAACAGGCAGAACAAAUUCGUGAAAACAGAGAGGAGAUACAACGAGUAAAUGACAAAGUGGACAUGAUUGAAGACAAACUUCAAGAACAUACAAGGAAAACUGAAGAAAUUCAACAAAAUCAAAUGAAAGUUGAAGGAAAUGGAGAAUAUAUACAGCCUGAUCACAAACAGGACCACGAUAAUGUAUUACACGAAGCCUGCAAGAAUGCGGAGCUACAAACGUGUGAACAUCUUAUCCAAACAUACCCUGACCUUCUACACAGUGUAGAUAAUGAUGGAUGGAAUGCUGCUCUAUACGCCGCUAGAGGAGGAAACGUUAAAAUUCUACAACUACUGGCAGAUAAUGAAGUAGACGUCAAACAUAAAGCCAAUAACGGCUGGAACAUUCUUCACGCGGCAUGUAGGAACGGUGAAUUAGAAAUGAGUCGUUAUAUCAUCCAAACAUACCCUCACCUUCUACACAGUGUAGAUAAUGAUGGAUGGAAUGCUGCUCUAUACGCCGCUAGAGGAGGAAACGUUAAAAUUCUACAACUACUGGCAGAUAAUGAAGUAGACGUCAAACAUAAAGCCAAUAACGGCUGGAACAUUCUUCACGCGGCAUGUAGGAACGGUGAAUUAGAAAUGAGUCGUUAUAUCAUCCAAACAUACCCUGACCUUCUACACAGUGUAGAUAAUGCUGGAUGGAAUGCUGCUCUACACGCCUCUGGAGGAGGAAACGUUAAAAUUCUACAACUACUGGCAGAUAAUGAAGUAGACGUCAAACAUAAAGACAAUGACGGCUGGAACAUUCUUUACGCGGCAUGUAGGAACGGUGAAUUAGAAAUGAGUCGUUAUAUCAUCCAAACAUACCCUGACCUUCUACACAGUGUACAUAAUGAUGGAUGGAAUGCUGCUCUACACGCCUCUGGAGGAGGAAACGUUAAAAUUCUACAACUACUGGCAGAUAAUGAAGUAGACGUCAAACAUAAAGACAAUGACGGCUGGAACAUUCUUUACGUGGCAUGUGGCAACGCUAACUUAGAAAUGAGUCGUUAUAUCAUCCAAACAUACCCUGACCUUCUACACAGUGUAGAUAAUGAUGGAUGGAAUGCUGCUCUAUUCGCCGCUGAAAGAGGAAACGUUAACAUUCUACAACUACUGGCAGAUAAUGAAGUAGACGUCAAACAUAAAGCCAAUAACGGCUGGAACAUUCUUCACGCGGCAUGUAGGAACGGUGAAUUAGAAAUGAGUCGUUAUAUCAUCCAAACAUACCCUGCCCUUCUACACAGUGUAGAUAAUGAUGGAUGGAAUGCUGCUCUAUUCGCCGCUGGAGGAGGAAACGUUAACAUUCUACAACUACUGGCAGAUAAUGAAGUAGACGUCAAACAUCAAGCCAAUAACGGCUGGAACAUUCUUCACGCGGCAUGUGGCAACGCUAACUUAGAAAUGAGUCGUUAUAUCAUCCAAACAUACCCUGACCUUCUACACAGUGUGGAUAAUGAUGGAUGGAAUGCUGCAUUCUACGCCGCUAGAAGAGGACACGUUAAGAUUCGACAAUUACUGACCGAGCAUGGAGUGAAAACUUAAAGAAAGCUAGAAUGACUUGUUUUCUGUUUUAUUUGGAUUUAGAGUGCAUACUGCGUAAAACCCCUGUUUGUAGAAAAGUAAUAACUAUUCAAUAAUGAGGUUAACCUCUCUUUUAUAGAGGAACGUAAACGUUUGCUUACAAGGUAUAACGUAUUAUGGAAGUACACGAGAAUUAGCGCUACACAUCAAAUUAAUUCUCAUCAUGUGACUUUUUUGAUUUAAUAAACAUUUGGGUUCAGUUCCUUCGUUCAAUUUCUUAAUUAUAUGAAAUUGCUUAUAGUCGAAUAAACAUAUCAGAGUGCUUCAAUGUC